AUGGCUAGUCUACUAUGGUUUGCUCACUUUCUCUCCUUCCUUUUGUUUCACUUGCGUUUUCAAGCUGGUUCUCCUCUACCUUUCUCUUUCAAUUCCUCCUCUGCAGCCAUGCCGUGCCAACAUGACCAGAGUCUUGCCUUGCGCCAAUUCAUGAAAACCUUUUCUAUUAGAAGUAAUGCCUCUUCCUGGGAUUUCCUUUACCCCAAGCCUUAUCCCAAGACAGAGUCUUGGAAAGAGGGCACAGAUUGCUGCUUGUGGGAUGGGGUCACUUGCGAAAUAGAAACAGGUAAUGUAAUUGGCCUUGACCUUUCUUCUAGCUUGCUCUAUGGUACCAUCCAUUCUAAUAAUUCUCUUUUCCUCCUUCCUCAUCUCCAAAAGCUUGACCUCUCCAACAAUGACUUCAACCAAUCUCAAAUUGUGCCUCAAUUUGGCCAGUUUUUGAAUUUAACGUAUCUUAACCUAAAUCACUCUGUUUUUGAGGGCCAAAUUCCACUAGAAAUUUCUUAUCUGCCUGCUUUGGUUUCGCUUGAUCUUUCUAGGAACUAUGAUUUGAUACUUGAAACCUCUAUUUUUAACGAGCUUGUUCAAAACCUAACCCAGUUACAGCAAUUGGACUUGAGUGAAAUAAACAUGUCCUUGGUCGGACCUAGUUCCUUGAUGAAUUUGUCUUCUUCUUUGACAUCUGUCAAACUCAGCGAAUGCCAAUUGCAAGGGAAAUUCCCAGAUAUCAGUCAUCUAUCCAAAUUGGUUUUAUUGGACCUCUCCUAUAACAAUUUUAGUGGUGAGAUUCCAUCCUCAUUUGAAAAUCUUAAACAGCUUGAUACUUUAUACCUUUACAACAACAAUCUCAAUGGUCAAAUUCCAUCCUCACUUGGAAGCCUUAAGGAACUCUCUUCAUUGGUCCUCUUCGACAAUGAUUUAAAUGGUGAGAUUCCCUCCUCAUUUGGAAACCUUAAACAGCUUCAUACUUUGUACCUCAGCAACAACAAUCUCAGUGGUCAAAUUCCAUCCUCACUUGGAAGCCUUAAGGAACUUUCUUUAUUGAUCCUCUCUGGCAACAAAUUUAAUGGUGAGAUUCCCUCCUCAUUUGGAAACCUUAAACAGCUUGAUAUUUUGGACCUCCACAGCAAUAGUCUCAGUGGUCAAAUUCCAUCCUCACUUGGAAGCCUUAAGGAACUCUCCUUAAUGGACCUCUGCUCUAACAAUUUUAAUGGUGAGAUUCCCUCCUCAUUUGGAAACCUUAAACAGCUUGGCAUGUUGUACCUCCAUAACAACAAUCUCAGUGGUCAAAUUCCAUCCUCACUUGGAAGCCUUAAGGAACUUUCUUCGUUGAUCCUCCUCGACAACAAUUUUAAUGGUGAGAUUCCCUCCUCAUUUGGAAACCUUAAACAGCUUCAUAUUUUGGACCUCCGCAAUAACAGUCUCAAUGGUCAAAUUCCAUCCUCUCUUGGAAGCCUUAAGGAACUCUCUUCAUUGUUCCUCUCUAAGAACAGAUUUAAUGGUGAGAUUCCCUCCUCAUUUGGAAACCUUAAACAGCUUAAUAUUUUGGACCUCCGCAACAAUAGUCUCAAUGGUCAAAUUCCAUCUUCACUUGGAAGCCUCAAGGAACUUUCCUCAUUGGACCUCUCUUAUAACAAUUUUAAUAGUGAGAUUCCCUCCUCAUUUGAAAACCUUCAGCAACUUGAUGAAAUAUUGCUUCCUCAUUUGAAAACCUUAAACAACUUCAAAUUUUGGACCCCUAAAACAACAAUCUCAGUGGUCAAAUUCCUAAUUAUUUUACAAACUUCAAACAAUUUUACAGGUCCCAUCACUUUCCAAGGAAGCAGGCUUUCAAGUUUAGUGUACCUCGAUUUAUCCAAUAACUUGUUACAUGGCCGAAUUCCAAGUUCAAUUUUCAAAUUUGCGAACUUGAGUGUUCUCAUUCUUUCAUCCAACAAAUUGAUAGGAGAAGUUUCUUCUGCAGUUUGCGAGCUAAAUUCUCUUGAAAUUCUUGACUUGUCAAACAAUAGUUUAAACGGCUUCAUACCACAAUGUUUGGGAAAUUUCAGCGACAAUCUUUCAGUAUUGCACUUGGGCAUGAACAAAUUCCAUGGAACCAUCCUUGAAACGUUUUCAAUAGGCAGCAACUUGAGAUAUUUGAACUUCAAUGGCAACCAAUUGCAAGGGAGAAUCCCACCUUCCAUCUCCAAUUGUAUAAAUUUGGAAAUUUUAGAUCUCGGAAACAAUAAUAUAGAUGACACAUUCCCCUAUUUUCUGGAAACACUUUCGAAGCUACAAAUUCUAAUUCUAAAAUCCAAUAAAUUCCAUGGUUUGGUGAAAGGAACCUUUGCCAAUUAUUCGUUCUAUUCGUUCUCAAAGCUACGAAUUUUUGACCUCUCCAACAACCUGUUUAGCGGACCUUUACCUGCAAAGUAUUUCAAUGAUUUCAAGGCAAUGAUGAUCUUUGAUUUGAAUAUGAAAUACAUGGGGGCACCAAAUUAUUCUUCUUAUGAUUAUUCUGUGAGUCUGACACUAAAAGGCUUAGAGAUUGAGCUGGUGAAAAUCCAAACACUUCUUACAUCCAUUGAUUUGUCGGGCAAUAAAUUCACAGGGGAGAUCCCACAGUCAAUUGGAAAACUUGAAUCACUUAAGUUGCUUAACUUGUCUCACAAUCAACUCACAGGCAAUAUUCAACCAUCAUUGGGGAAUUUGAGCAAUUUGGAAUCAUUAGACCUUUCUUCAAAUCUUCUUGUUGGAAGGAUUCCAAUGCAAUUGACAUAUUUGACAUUUUUGGAAGUGUUCCAGGUUUCACAUAAUCAACUUGAAGGACCUAUACCUGAAGGAAAGCAGUUCAACACAUUCGAUAACACUUCAUAUGAAGGAAAUUUGGGAUUGUGUGGAUUUCCGCUAGAAAAAUGUGACAAUGGGGAGAGGCAACAACCAACAUCAUCAAAAGAAAUUGAUUCCAAGUCUAAAAUUGGAUUUGGAUGGAAAGCUAUAUCGGCGGGGUAUGGAUGUGGAGUAAUAUUUGGUAUUGCAAUGGGAUAUGUUGUGUUUAAAACAAGAAGACCUACAUGGUUUGUGAGGAUGGUUGAAGGUGAAGGGCAUCGAAAACUAAAAAGAUUUAGCAAUUAA